AGCCAAAGAUCCGUAAUUUCUCAUUGUUCUCUUUCUUUUCGCUCUGGGGGGAUUCGAUUCUCUUUUACGAUUUGCGAAGAAGAUGAAGAAGCCCAAUUACGCAGAAUGCGAGACUCUUAAUUAGAAAUCCAGGGUCUUCUAAAUCUCGCCCCAAUUUUUCACGCCUCGAAAUUUCGUUCAUGCUUGGAAAAAUUACACUGAGAGAGAGAGGGGGGGUUUGAUAGGACUGCUGGAAGCAGUGGAAGGGUCAUAUGAGGUGCUUACUUGGCUGGAUUGGUUCUGAUUCUGCUGAUUCAGAUGUAAAGCCUUUGAUUGUUCUUGAUCGAUUUCGUGAAUUCGCUGAGGUGGGUUGGGGGAGAUUGGAUUUUUUUAGUGGGAAUUGUGUGGUUAGGGUUUCAAUUUGGGAGUGGAGGGGGAGGGGUUUGUUAGUGUAGUAAAAAUCAUGUCUCAGAGAGAGGAGCGCAUUGAGCUUAAGUUCAGGAUUUAUGAUGGAACAGAUAUUGGGCACAGUUCUUAUGCGCCUUCCAUGACUGUAGCUACUCUUAAGAAAAGGCUACUUUCUGAGUGGCCUCAAGCCAAAACAGUGACACCCAAGACAGUGAAUGAAGUGAAACUGAUACAUGGUGGGAGAGUUUUAGAGAAUACUAAGACACUUGCUGAUUCCAAAAUAAUGUCCUUUGGUAACUUACCUGGUGGUGUUAUAACCAUGCAUGUGGUAGUUCAGCCUACUGUUGCUAAAGAGAAGAAAGCUAAAAACCAGAAGGAUAUGCAAAAGAUGAAUUCAUGCUCGUGUACCAUUCUUUAAUCUUGGAAGGCAGGCCCUUGACUCCGUGGCUGCCAUUGCAGAGGAGUGAGGACCGCGUUUCUCACACGCUUCUUCCUUUCUGAUGUAAUUGAUUGCGGUGCGGAAUUUAGAUCACAUCUCUAUAGUGAUUCAAGUUGCCUUUGUUUAAUUAUGUCAAACUUGUAGCACUGCAGUGAAUCUACAAAGAUUUUGACUUGCUUCAUUUGUCUGAGCUUAAAGUUGUACAAGGAGAUCGAGAUUUCUAAAGAUGCUUUCUUGUUUUUCUUUC